AUGUCCACCGCCACCGACCCAUCCCACGGCGGCGACGCCGCCGUCAAACCCAAGCUCAUCACCUCAUUCGAUCUCCGCGCCGAAUUCGCCCACCACGAUCCCGCCGUGGCCCGCAUCAACAACGGCAGCUUCGGGUGCUGCCCCGCCUCCAUCAUCGCUGCCCAGCAGCGCCACCAACUCCUGUUCCUCCGCCAGCCCGACCACUACUACUUCAAUGCCCUGAAGCCCGCUAUCCUCCGCACCCGCCGCCUUGUCCAAACCCUAAUCAACGCCGACCACGUCGACGAGGUCUCCGUCGUCGACAACGCCACCACCGCCGCCGCAAUCGUUCUCCAGAACACCACCCGCUCCUUCCUCUCCACCGACCCUGGAGACGCCGCCCUCAUCCUCCACUACGCCUACGGCGCUGUCAAGAAGUCCGUCCUCGCGUACAUCUCACGCGCCGGCGGCCGCGUCAUCGAGGCCCAUCUCCCCUUCCCAGUCAGAUCCAGCUCCGAAAUCAUCCUCGAAUUCCAAAAGGCCCUCCGGCUGGGGAAGUCCGACGGCCGGCGGAUCCGGCUGGCCGUCAUCGACCACAUUACCUCCAUGCCCUGCGUCGUCAUACCCGUGAAGGAGCUCGUCCAGAUCUGCCGACAAGAGGGCGUCGACCGGAUCUUCAUUGACGGGGCCCACGCCAUCGGCAACGUCGACAUCGACGUCAAGGACAUCGGCGCCGAUUUCUACACCAGCAAUCUCCAUAAAUGGCUCUUCUGCCCGCCGUCCGCUGCCUUCCUCUACUGCAGAAGCUCCGACGAGUUCUCGGACCUGCACCACCCGGUGGUGUCCCAUGAGUACGGCAACGGGCUGGCCAUGGAAAGCGCGUGGAUCGGGACCAGGGACUACAGCGCCCAGCUCGUGCUGCCGGAGGUUAUGGAGUUCGUGAACAGAUUUGAUGGCGGGUUGCAGGGGAUUAUGAAGAGGAACCACGAGAAGGUGGUGGAGAUGGCGGAGAUGCUGGCGGCAUCGUGGGGGACUGAGCUGGGGGCCCCACCGGAGAUGUGCGCUAGCCUGGCAAUGGUGGGUCUGCCGUCCUGUUUGGGGAUUCGAGGUGAUUCGGAUGCUUUAAGUCUGAGGAGGCAUCUGAGGGAGUGUUUCAAGGUGGAGGUGCCGAUUUAUUAUCGUGCGGCCAUGGAGGAUGAGGUGAACUCCUUGACUGGUUAUGUCAGGAUUUCGCAUCAAGUAUAUAAUGUGGCUGAGGAUUAUUACCGGCUCAGAGAUGCUGUGAGGGAGUUGGUCAAGAAGGGGUUCACUUGCAGUGUGCUUUCAAAUUCACUUGGAUAUGAGACAUAGUUCACUUGGAAUGCAAACAAUGAGAUGAAAGUAUUCCUAGAUGCAAUCUACCAGACACCCAAAAGAAAAAAUAAUUGUAAAACCUGGACCAGGCCAAAUCCAAAGGGCCAAAUAUUAUUGAAGAUGUUAAGACAGACAAGAUUUCCAGUGGGUUGUGAUUGGAAAGUUUACAAAGACCAUAUACCUUUUUUCACAUGAAGUCUAAUUGUCUCCAUUUUGUAGGCAAUGCAGAAAAAGGGCAUGUAAAUAGUUUUAUGUACAUAAACACACUGAUUAAUUGGGAAACCUACAUUUUGACAAGUUUAGAAAUAUUGUCAGUGUUUUUUGCCCUUCUCGUAAUCUCAGCUUUCAAGUGGCUGGAAAUGCGAGAGGCUUCAUUUUGAUUAUUGAAUUUAGAAGAUCAUAUUCAUAAGUUCAUUGAACUUGUUUGUAGAUAAUGGAUCAGAGCUCUUAUUUUGAUUC